GAAAACGGUGUACUCUUAUUAAUAAUAGAAAACUCAGAAUACAUCAAAUUAUGGAAUAAGGCUUAUCCCUUAACGUAUUGUUAUACGCGCAGGAGGGAACUUCAUCAAACCAAGUUUGCUCCUCAUUCACAUUCUCUGACUAUCUCGCCAAGCUCUUAUCGUGUGGUUCCCACUCCUUUUACAAUGCAUGAAGGAGACCUCCAUCGUCCAUGCUAGCUGGUUAUAGUCCUCUAAUACCCCAUCUACCUCAUUUCGCCCGCUUGACAGUGCUUGCACCACAAGGAGGAAUCCGAUUCUAUUUAAAAACUCUACGUCCUUCAAAUCAACCCCACCUUUGCAAUAUGCAAUCUGACUUACCUGACGCCCUAACUUGCUUCUUCUCGUUGCGAACUACCGCCCCCAUUGCCGAUCGGUCCAAGGGCCACAUCCACAUUCAAGUUCAAACCACCAGCCUUUAAAGGAAUCCACCCAUGCGCCUCUGAUCCUUAGCUCUCUACUUAAUUUCAGCCAGCUCCUUCACAUAUUGAACAGCAUGCUCUCCACUCCACUCUUCUUCAUAAAAACCCCAACAAUAUCUCGCCCUUUGUUCCAUUGAUCAGUUUUCAUUGUUCCAUUCGUUCCUUCAUAUAUUGAAUAGCAUGCUCUCCGCUCCACUUUCUUCGUAAAAACCCCAACAAUAUCUCGCCCUUUGUUCCAUUGAUUAGUUUUUGUCAAACUAAAAAAGAAAAAAAUCCACAUAAU